GGUACAAUCUCGUGGGCUCAUACCCAUCAGCCUUGUUGCUUCAAGUAGGUUUGGGAAAGGAAGUUGCCUGGAAAGCGUUCCCUAGUGAGCUGAAACAGGCUAAUCUACUCUGCCUCUAGCAUUUUUAAAUCUAGAGAGAGGGUUAUUAAGCUGUUUUUGGGUUUUGGGUGAUAAUUAAUGGCUGCAAUGUUGAGGAUGGUGGUUGUUGCUCUGUUUAUCAUCUCUGUGAGCCUCGGAGGGAAAUGGGUCGGAGCCCAAGUGCAUCAUGUGGUCGGAGACGACCGUGGCUGGGACCCUGCUUCCGACUUAUCUUCCUGGUCCUCCGGUAAAAUCUUCAGGGUCGGAGACAAAAUCUGGUUCACGUACUCGUCAGCACAGGAAAGCAUCGCUGAACUGAAGAGCAAGGAAGAAUACGAGGCGUGCGAUGUAAGCAACCCUAUAAAGAUGUACACGGACGGCUUGGAGAGCAUUUCACUGGACGGAGAAGGAGUCCGCUACUUUGCGAGCAGCAAGGCCGACAGUUGCAGGAAUGGUCUUAAGGUACACGUGGAGGUGCUGCCUCAGGGAGGACCUGAAAUCCCAAAAGUGGCCGCAUCAAAGGGCACAGUUUGGGCUGUAGCUGAUGGGCCCACAACUCCUUCUGGCUCAGCCCAUCUAAUGGGGAGCCUUAUCCUUUUAGCCGUUGGAUUUCUUUGCUAUGUUGUAGGUAUUUGAUGGGAUUUUGUAUGUUGUAAUUCUAUGGAGAUGCUACCUAUUCUCGGUUUGGGAUCUUGCUAUUUAAGGAUUAUUAAUUGAACCAUGCUACAUAAUAUAAUUUUAUAUAAUUCGUUAAUUUUAA